AUGGAAAAUUACAUCAAAAAGAACAAGCUUCAAGAGAUCCAGAGAAAGAAAUUGAAAGAACUGAGAAGGGCAAAUGAAUGUUGCAUGGUAGAUGGGCAGAAGGAAAAAAUAAAAAAUCCGAUGGUAGAGCCUCCUGCGGUAUUUGUUGGGAAGGGUGACCAUCCCCUAAAUGGAAAAAUCAAGCACAAAAUAACCCCCGAGAUGGUUACAAUUAAUUGUAGUGAAGGGGUAGAGAGUAAACCACCUGAAGGAUGUACGUUUAAAGAAGUUAAGCACGAUGACAAGGGCUUAUAUCUUGCAUUUUGGUAUGACCCUCUCUUAGAGAAGAGAAAAUACAUCGAGUUAAGCGCAUCAUCACCCCAAAAAGUUAUAAGAGACAAAAGAAAAUACCAAGUUGCAAGAAAAUUACACGAGGAAAUUGGAGCUGUGCGAGAUAUGUAUGAAUCAGAUUUUCAUGCAGAAGAUAUCAAAUUAUUACAGUCUUCCCUGGCCCUGUAUUUAAUUGACACGACCUAUAAGAAAUUGACAUUUAGAAUCAUAAACACUGACAAUCGCCAUCAAACGAUCGGCAUUGCCAGCAAGCAAUCAUCAGAAAAACAAGCUUCACAAGCAUAA